GGUGGUUUUUGCGUGUUUUUGUUUUAUUUCCAAUCGAAGCCAUUUGCAGGUAACUUAAAAUUUCUCGGCCGGCAGCAACAGCGCGCGCCUUUUAAUGAUUUUGAAUCAAAUUCUGGCCAAAAUGUGGUCAAAAAGUGUGCGAUAAUCGAUGUAAAUAAAAUAAAACGUGAAACAAAAAAAAAGAAAAGUUAAAAAAGUGCCAAAACAACAAAUGUGGCAACAAUUUGGCCAUUUCUGCGUGUAUGCUGUUGUUUGAGCCUGGGCCCAAAACAAUCGACAACAACAACAGCAACAACCACAGUGGGAAAUAACUUAAGCGAAUACAAAAAAAAGGAAAAUACGAAAAUAAUAUCUAAAAGAUUCACUAAACGACCAAUAAAGUAAGCCCGACCCGAAGCGACGCGACGCGACGCGAUGUUCAAGUGCAUUCCAAUCUUCAAGGGCUGCAACCGGCAGGUGGAGUUCGUGGACAAGCGCCACUGCUCCCUGCCCCAAGUGCCCGAGGAGAUACUACGCUACUCGCGUACCCUCGAGGAGCUCUUCCUGGACGCCAAUCACAUCAGGGACUUGCCCAAGAAUUUCUUCAGAUUGAAUCGCCUGAGAAAGUUGGGGCUGAGUGACAAUGAAAUUGGACGCCUGCCGCCGGAUAUACAAAAUUUUGAAAAUCUUGUCGAGCUCGAUGUUUCACGCAAUGACAUACCCGACAUUCCCGAUGACAUCAAGCAUCUGCAGAGCCUCCAGGUGGCGGAUUUCAGCUCGAACCCGAUACCCAAACUGCCAUCGGGCUUCACACAGCUGAAGAACCUGACGAUACUGGGCCUAAACGACAUGUCGCUGACGACAUUGCCGGCGGACUUUGGCAGCCUCACACAGCUCGAGUCGCUGGAGCUGCGCGAGAAUCUGCUCAAGCAUCUGCCGGAGACAAUAAGCCAACUGACGAAGCUCAAACGCCUCGAUCUGGGCGACAACGAAAUCGAGGAUCUGCCCCCCUAUCUGGGCUAUCUGCCGGGUCUCCACGAGCUCUGGCUGGACCACAACCAGCUGCAGCGACUGCCCCCAGAGCUGGGGCUGCUGACGAAACUCACGUACCUCGAUGUGUCCGAGAAUCGGCUGGAGGAGCUGCCCAACGAGAUCAGCGGUCUGGUGAGCCUCACGGACCUCGAUCUGGCACAGAAUCUGCUCGAAACACUGCCCGACGGCAUAGCGAAACUGAGUCGUCUGACCAUCCUCAAGCUGGACCAAAAUCGAUUGCAGCGAUUGAACGAUACCCUGGGGAACUGCGACAAUAUGCAGGAACUAAUCCUGACCGAGAACUUCCUCUCGGAGCUGCCGGCCUCCAUCGGACGGAUGACGAAGCUGAGCAAUCUGAAUGUGGAUCGGAAUGCCCUGGAGUAUCUGCCGCUGGAGAUAGGCCAGUGCGCCAAUUUGGGUGUCCUCAGUUUGCGCGACAACAAGCUGAAGAGGCUGCCCCCAGAGCUGGGCAACUGCACGGUGCUGCAUGUGCUGGAUGUGAGCGGGAAUCAGCUGCUGUAUCUGCCCUACUCGCUGGUCAAUCUGCAGCUGAAGGCUGUGUGGCUCUCGGAGAACCAGUCGCAGCCGCUGCUCACCUUCCAGCCGGACACGGACUCGGAGACGGGCGAGCAGGUGCUCUCCUGCUACCUGUUGCCCCAGCAGGAGUACCAGCCGAUUACCCCAGACUAUCCAGCCACGACGCUUUAUAGAUCAAGCGAAAAGUUCGAUUCAAUGGAAUUCUUCAGUUAUCAACAGAAAGCACGCGAUCUGGAAUCGGAUUCGGAACCGUUCGAGGAGCGAGAGCCAUCCCGCACGGUGGUCAAGUUCUCGGAGGAGGCCACCCAGGAGAAGGACACGCCCUUCGUGCGCCAGAACACGCCGCAUCCCAAGGAUCUCAAGGCCAAGGCGCAAAAGCUGAAGGUGGAGCGCAGUCGCCACGAGGAGCAUGCCAAUCUGGUGACGCUGCCAGAGGAGAAUGGCACAAAAGUCGCGGAGACACCAACCGAGACGCGCACCCUUGCAAAUAAUCACCAACAGGCGCCACCGCAGCCAGUGCAGCAACCGGUCGUUGGUGUAAAUUCCAAGCAGACCUCCUCCAACAACAGCAUUCCAACAGGUGCCCCUGCAGCACCUGCCGCAGACAACAACAGCAGCAAAGGCAGCAGCCACAACAACACAAAGGCGGCAGCACCAGCAGCUGUUGUUGAGAUUGUGGCAGCAGCUGCAACGGUGGCCGCAGCCUCCGAAGAUGUGCCGGACGACGAAGAGCAGGAAGAUGAAUUCGAAUCCGAUCGCCGUGUGGGCUUUCAGGUGGAGGGCGAGGACGAUGACUUUUACAAACGUCCACCGAAACUCCACAGAAGGGACACUCCCCAUCAUUUGAAGAACAAACGCGUUCAGCAUUUAACCGACAAGCAGGCCAACGAAAUACUGGCCAAUGCCUUGGCCACCCAGGAACGCAACGAAACCACCACACCGCCGCACUCAUCGCUGGGCAAAGUGACGUCGCCCAUUGAGGAGGAGGAGAACGCCGAUAUCGAUGUCGAUUCCGAGGGGCAAGAGUCACAGACCCAGACCCAGCAUCCAUUCGACGUCUCGCUAUCGCCUAUACCCAUACCCACAGGCAAGACAAAGGAGGGAGGGACACAAGAUAACUUGGAUGGCGUCACAGAGCUGCGUUUGGAGCAGUACGAGAUCCACAUUGAGCGCACGGCGGCGGGACUCGGCUUGAGCAUUGCCGGUGGCAAGGGAUCCACACCGUUCAAGGGCGACGACGACGGCAUCUUCAUAUCACGCGUCACCGAGGCGGGACCCGCCGACCUGGCCGGCCUCAAAGUCGGCGACAAAGUGCUCAAGGUCAAUGGGAUUGUCGUGGUCGAGGCGGACCACUAUCAGGCGGUGCAGGUGCUCAAGGCCUGCGGCGCUGUCCUCGUGCUGGUGGUGCAGCGUGAGGUGACGCGUCUGAUUGGACAUCCGGUGUUCAGCGAGGACGGCAGUGUGUCACAGAUCUCCGUGGAGACGCGUCCUCUGGUGGCCACAGAGGUGCCACAGUCGCAGCAAGAGAGAUACAUUCCAGCGCCCAUCGAGAUAAUGCCCCAGCAGCAGCAGCAACUGCAGCUCCAGCAGCCACAACAGAUGUUGCAGCAGCCUGUAGUCCAGCAAAUGGUGGCUCCGGCGCAUGGCUAUUCCGCUAAUGUGUUUGCCACGCCCCCAGCUGUACAGAGCAUCGUGGAGCCGGCCCCCAAUGGCCUGCUACCGAAUGGCAGGGAAGCUGCUCCGUUGAGCUACAUCCAGCUGCACACGACGCUGAUACGCGAUCAAAUUGGCCAGGGACUGGGCUUCAGCAUUGCCGGGGGCAAGGGCUCGCCACCGUUCAAGGACGAUUGCGAUGGCAUUUUCAUAUCACGCAUCACGGAGGGCGGACUGGCGCAUCGCGAUGGCAAAAUCAUGGUCGGCGACCGGGUGAUGGCGAUUAACGGCAACGAUAUGACGGAGGCGCAUCACGAUGCGGCCGUGGCCUGCCUCACCGAGCCGCAGCGCUUUGUGCGGCUCGUCCUGCAGCGCGAGUACCGCGGCCCCCUAGAGCCGCCGACAAGUCCGCGCAGUCCCGCCGUACUCAACUCGUUGAGUCCAUCCGGCUAUCUGGCCAAUCGUCCAGCCAACUUCCAGCGGUCUGCGGGCGAUGGCAGUUACGUCGAGCAGCCGUACAAGUACAACACAUUGGCCACCACCACACCCACCACACUUGCAUCCGCAGCUGUGGCACCUGUGGCAGCCAACAACAACAAUAACAACACGCUGCCAAGCAGAAAAACGAAUGGAUUUGGUGCUGCCGCAGCUGCUGGCUCGAUAGUACUGGACAAGACGACGGGCCAGCCAGUGCCCGCCCCGAGGCGCACCAAUUCCGUGCCCAUGGGGGACGCAGAGAGUGUGGCGCCCAAUGGGGCGGCCUCCACCGCCAGCGGUGAUUCGGGCGAGGCUCAGUCCUCCUCGUUGCGACCGCUGACCAGCGAUGAUUUUCAGGCGAUGAUACCGGCCCACUUCCUCAGCGGCGGCAGUCAGCAUCAGGUGCAUGUGGCACGGCCCAAUGAGGUGGGCGUCAGCGCUGUAACGGUGAAUGUGAACAAGCCGCAGCCCGACCUGCCCAUGUUCCCGGCAGCGCCCACCGAACUGGGGACAGUCACCGAGACCAUCACCAAGUCCACGUUCACGGAGACGGUGAUGACGCGCAUCACCGACAAUCAGCUGGCGGAGCCCCUGAUCAGUGAGGAGGUUGUACUGCCCAAGAAUCAGGGAUCGCUGGGCUUCAGCAUCAUCGGCGGCACGGAUCAUUCCUGUGUGCCGUUUGGCAAUCGUGAGCCUGGCAUCUUUAUUUCACACAUUGUGCCUGGCGGCAUUGCCUCAAAGUGCGGCAAGCUGAGGAUGGGCGAUCGUAUACUGAAGGUAAACGAUGCGGAUGUGUCCAAGGCAACGCAUCAGGAUGCGGUGCUGGAGCUACUGAAGCCCGGAGAUGACAUCAAAUUGACCAUACAGCACGAUCCACUGCCACCUGGUUUCCAAGAAGUUCUCCUGAGCAAGGCCGAGAACGAGCGCCUGGGCAUGCACAUCAAGGGCGGCCUCAACGGACAGCGCGGUAAUCCCGGGGAUCCCUCCGACGAGGGUGUGUUCGUCUCCAAAAUCAACUCUGUGGGCGCCGCCAGACGCGACGGAAGGCUUAAGGUGGGCAUGCGGCUGCUGGAGGUUAACGGACACUCCCUGCUGGGUGCCUCGCAUCAGGAUGCGGUCAAUGUCUUGAGGAACGCCGGCAACGAGAUCCAGUUGGUUGUCUGCAAGGGCUACGACAAAUCCAAUUUAAUUCAUUCCAUCGGCCAGGCGGGCGGCAUGAGCACCGGAUUCAACUCCUCUGCAUCCUGCAGCGGUGGCAGUCGUCAAGGCUCUCGCGCCUCGGAAACGGGCUCGGAGCUCAGUCAAAGUCAGAGCGUAUCCAGUUUGGAUCACGAAGAGGAUGAGCGACUGCGACAGGACUUUGACGUGUUUGCCACACAGAAGGUGGUGGAUUCCGAGGCGGAGCCAACGAGUCAGACGGGUCUGGCAGCUGCUGCUGCCCUGGUGCAUGGCGCCCCAUCGCCUGUACCCACCACACCUACGCCGCCUGUGGCAGCCGCUGACUUGGCACCGCCAUCGGACACAACAGCCGCACAGACCGUGGCGCUUAUUCACGCAGAACGGGCCCACCAGCAGCAGCAGCAACAGCCGCAGACGCAGUUGGCGCCGUUGGGUCAGGAGAAGAGCACCCAGGAGAAGGUGCUGGAAAUUGUACGCGCCGCAGACGCCUUCACCGCCGUGCCACCGAAAUCCCCGUCCGAGCACCAUGAACAGGAUAAAAUACAAAAGACGACGACGGUUGUCAUAUCGAAGCAUACGCUCGACACGAAUCCGACCACACCGACAACGCCGUCAGCGCCGUCAGCACUCCCGCCCAUUGGCUCUGCAGCGGAGUCAGUGACCGCAGUUGCCCCUGGAGCUGCCGCCGUGCCAGCACCCACUACCACUCCCACGCCCACUCCCACUCCUGCUCCAGUGCCCGCUGUGGCUGUGCAGACGCAGACCCCCUCCGAGGACAAGGAUGAGGCGAAGCUGGUGCUACAGUCAACACCUGGCGGCCAGGAGGCAACACUCACAAAAGUGCCUAAAUCGGUUUCCGAUAAAAAACGCUUCUUCGAAUCAGCCAUGGAGGAUCAGCACAAGCCCACACAAAAGACAGAGAAAGUUUUCUCAUUCCUGUCAAAGGACGAAGUGGAAAAGUUGCGACAGGAGGAGGAGAAGAAAAUUGCAACAUUGCGCCGUGAUAAGAAAUCCAGAUUAUUGGAUGCAGCCAAUGACAACAUUGACAAGGACGCUGCCAGUCAUACCGAUAAGCGCUAUGAUAACGCCGGCAACAGCAGCGGCAGCGGCAACGACGACGACGACGAUGAGGAUGAGGAUGAGGAUGAGAACGACGACGACGACAGCGACCAGGAGGCUAACGCACGAGAGGAUGCCGUCGACAAUGCCGCUUUGGGGCGCUUCAAUGAGGCGGAAGACAUGAGAACCGCACAAAGUCUGGCGCCGACACUGCCGCACGCCCCCAUCAAAGUCAGCAAAAUCCCCAAGCAGAAGCAGAAGGAGAAGCCAAAAGCGAAGGCGGCUCCCAUCAAACCUGCCACGGCAACUGAUCCGCCCAAGCCCUCGCUGCUGCCGAAGCCAAAGGUCAAAGUUGUCAUUCCGCCGGCACUGCAGCAGCGCCUCAAGCAGCAGCAGGAGCAACAGCACCAGCAACAGCAGCAAUCCCAGCCAGAGGAGCCCACCAUACCCGAGGACCAUGAGGAGGAGCUGGCGGCGACAUCUCCCACCAGCAGUCGGAUACCCGUGCGCACCCUGAAGGCUGAACGCCGAGCCCUGGCAGCGGCCGCCCGGCAGGCGGGCCUCGGUGUCGACGAGUACGUAAGGCGGCUGGAGGAGGAGCGACUCCAGGGCGAGUCGCCAUCAUCGCCAACAUCGCCAGCGGCCCCGACAACGCCCACAGGCAAGAGCCGGGCCAUGAUUAACUCUGAGAAGCGUGCCUCCUGGAGGGCAGCCCGUCUCCGGUCCCUCGAACAGGGCGCCGUCGAGGCCCAGGAUGUCAUCAAGAAUAUGCGCAAGGUGACCGAUGAUCUGAUCACGCACGAGUCGAGGGCCAGCGAGGCUCAGCCGAAAAUAGUAUUUCCAAAAAUUGCCAUAAAAUCAAGCGACGGUCCAGUAAUUGUACGCGAACGCGAGAAAAUACUCGACGAGAAAAUCGUGCGCCGCACUGAGGAGGUUGCCUGCCCCAUAACGGGGCGACCUCAACUGCGGACCGUCGAGUACAUUGAGAAAAUCAUCGAAACGGAGGUGGAGACCUGCAAGGAGCGUAUCAUUUCACUGGAGCUGCAGGUGCCCGAGUCGGAGGAUGGCACUUUGGACGACACACAGCCGCCAUUCGAACUGGAGGAGGAGGAAGAUGAUUUCGAAGAUGCUGCAGAAGAUGACGACGAUGACGACGAUGACGACGACGAGGAUGAAGAAGAAGAGGAGGAGGAAGAAGAAGAGGAAGAUACCGCCUCUAUUGUUACCGUCCAGGGCAAUAAUGAGAAACUGUUUUUGCGACACGAUUCGGAUGCCUACGGACCGUCCUCCAUCGAGAGCGUCACAUCCGGCAAGAUGCGCAUCAAGCCCACGCCGCUGUCCCUCCACCAGACACUGGCCAAGGAGACGACCAUCGUGGAGGUACUAAAUCCCGUCAUCGGGGGCGAUGGCACUGCCCGCACCAUCCACGUGAGCGGGGUGCCGUUUGACGAUGACGAAUUCGAGCAGGGGGCCGUGUCCGUGCUGCGUAGCGAAACAUUUGUAUUGCCCCAGAGCGGCGGAGGCGUUGUGGGCGGCAGGUCUGAGCUGUCAUUAAAUGCAAAAAUGAAAACUGUGCUCGAGGAGCUGCUGGAGAACGAGCGCGUCAAAUUGAAUUUACAGAAGAGCCUCGAGGAGCACAGCGACAACGACAACGAUGAGGAUGGGGAGGAUGCUUUUGGCGAUGCGAGGGACGACGACGAGAGGAGCGCCUACGGUGAUGCCAUGGACGAUGUUGUUGACUUUGGUGCUGCCCCGGUCACAACCCGUGGAACUAAUGACCAGGAUGAUGCCGCGAACGGCAAUCAGCAGCUGCUCGAGGAGCUGAUAAAGGACAGCAACCGCAACACAAUCAUUGCUAAAUUGGCAGGCCAAUUGUCCGACGAUGAUGACGAGGAGGAUGACGACGAGGAGGACGAAAGCAGCGACUCAUCAGACGAGGAUAGCGACGACUCUGACGAGGAGGACAAUGCCGAAGAGCAGCUGAAUGUUACCUAUGUGCAGGGCGCCCAGGUAAUCGAGAAUCUCAAUACGCUGGCCACCGGCGGCAAGCUCCAAAAGUCGCAAACCUACACCACCAUGAAGCAGGCCGAGGAGGAGCACCCCCAAGCCGCACCCGAACCCGAAACUGAAGCUAUCGCUGAGGCUGAUCGGACUCCAGCAGAAUCCCAGUGCGGCGCCGACACUCUGGCCCAGCUGCAGGCCGAACAGCGUGCCCUGGCCGAGAUCUCAAAGCAGCUGCGCAAGUCUGUCGAGGAUUUGCUCAGUGCCGAUGGUGGCACUGUGGUGGAGACACAGCGCACCUACACCCUGCCCGCUGCCAGCGACAGUGCGGCGGUGGUAACCGUCACGGAGGUGGUGAGGAAAGAGAAGAAAAAGGUAUCCUCGGAGUCGGGAGAGGCUCUGUUCAACCGUCUGCUGAGUGCCGGCGAGGCGGAGCGCCAGAUCUUCGACCAGCAGCAGGGCGAGACCAUCACGACAACCACCACGACCACAGAGGCUGUAACUAGCGCCGGACAGGGAGCGACAUCAGCUGCGGCGGCGGCGGCAGCGGCAGCGUCAGCUGGCGAGCCAAGUACCAGUGUGGUGACCACCACGAGGACCGUAUCCAAUAUUGUUACCAGCGGCAUUCCACGACCGGAGAGCAUUACCAAGCAGCAGAGCAAUCGCGGUGGCAAUGGCAGCAAUAACCGCAACAAGAACAAGCGCAAGGGAAAGAAGAAAUAGGAAAAAGAAUAAAAAGAAGGAAGGAGGAGAUGAGAUUGCGUAUACGCCAUGUGGUUCGUAUGUGAUUUCCCACUUCAAGCGCACACACAGACACUGUCCAUUAUUUUCCCACUAAUUGUAUACAUAUGUAAAUAUAUGUAUGUAUGUACAGUACGAUGUACGCAUAUGUAUUGAUAAUUUUAAUUAAUUGUGCAAAUAACGUGUCCCCUGCCUUUAAAAAAACUCAUUUGUUACUAAUCAUGAAGCAAAAUAUUUUCAUUGCAAAUUAAAAACAAAAAAAGAUGAAAAUUGCCCAGAGUACAACAUUAAUCGUAAAUUUUAAUGUUGUGCAGCAACCACAAAAAGACACCACAUCAGCCCCGAUCCGAAGCCCUCAUAAAAGAUAUGUAUUAAUACAACCAGAAACAAAAAUCUUAUUUAAUUGAAUUAAAUAAUUUCAUUUUGUUUGCAUUUAACUAUCAUUUGCAUAUUGCAUACGUAUGUACACUAGUUUGUCCCUGCAUCAUACUGCAUUUUCCGAAUGGGCUUCGUUUUUUUUUUUAAUUUCUGCCAAUUUAAUUUGCAUUUUAUGUUUUAGCACAAGAAAUAAUACGAGUCGCUGCAGCGGUCUGAAGUAUUCACUAUGACAUGAUCUGAUCCUUCUGUCAGCAUUCCGAUUGCCCGCAUUUUCCGGGGCAUACUCCUCUUAGUUGUAUCCAUAAGCAAAACGAUUCGAGACGAAGCGAAAACAGACACAAAUCAAAUAUCGUAAUCGUACUAUUAAUCGUAAAUAAUAGUGAAUAGCAAUCUGUAAGUGCAUCGUCCAGUUGUAAUCCCUAGCAAGUAAACAAUGCACAAUGCAUAAGCACAACUACGAGUAUGAACUGUCGACAUCCUAAAGCGAUUUCAGUUUCAACUUUUAUAUAAAUGUAAAUGUAAAAAUCUUUACAAGCAAUUUUAUGUAAUACCUACCUAUGAUAUUUAGUGUGUAAACUCAACUUUUUAUUGAAACGAAACUAAGAGAAAAGCGAAAAACGAAACACGAAUGAUAAUAAACCAAUUGUAUGCAUUUUUAUUUAAAGCCAAA